GCGGCGGCGGCGGCGAGGGGGUGGUUCUUGGGUGGGGGAGUGCGCCGGGUUGCUUUUGAGUAAGUCGACAUGAUGGGCGGGAGCUUGUUCCAUCACCGGAAGCAUUCGUGGCCGACGGAAGAGUACAUCAACAGAUCGACUCUGCAGCAGUUUGACUUCGAUAGCGCUGCUCCUCCGGAGCAAGCAUGGAGAAGAAGAUUAGACAGUCAUGCGAAUAUUCUCAAAGAAUUCAGCGUUACCUUUAGGGAGGCUGUACAGAUGGUUCGGCUGGGCAUACGCCUUUGGUCUUACGUUAGAGAAGAGGCAUCCCAUGGAAGGAAAGCACCUAUUGAUCCUUUCACUCGAGGGAGUUGCAAGCCAUCUGCAUCUCAAGGGGUUCCUCUAGGAGGGAUGGGAAGUGGUAGCAUAUCUAGAGGGUUUAGAGGCGAGUUCAGGCAGUGGCAAAUAAUUCCUGGUACACGUGAAGCUUCACCUGUCAUGGCUAAUCAGUUCUCUAUUUUCAUAUCUCGGGAUGGGGGAAAUAAAAGUUAUGCAUCAGUCUUGGCUCCGGGCCAGCAUGAAGGGCUAGGGAAAAACAACGAUGAGGGUAUAUCAUCAUGGGGUUGGAAUUUGAGCGGUCAGCGUUCAACAUACCAUGCUCUAUUUCCUAGAGCAUGGACAGUUUAUGAUGGUGAGCCAGACCCAGAUUUGAAGGUGUCUUGCCGGCAGAUAUCACCAUUUGUACCUCAUAAUUAUAGAGAUAGCAGUCUUCCUACUGCAGUAUUUGUUUACACGUUGGUCAACACUGGGAAGGAAAGGGCAAAAGUCAGCCUUCUCUUUACAUGGGCGAACUCAAUUGGAGGGGUCUCACACAUGUCAGGAGAUCAUGUAAAUGAACCCUUUAUUGGAGAAGAUGGAGUUUCUGGUGUCCUUCUGCAUCACAGGACUGCAAAAGGGGGCCCACCUGUGACUUUUUCGAUAGCUGCCUGUGAAACUCAAAAUGUGAGUGUAACUGUUUUGCCCUGCUUUGGGCUUUCUCAAGAAAGCUCUAUAACUGCAAAGGACAUGUGGGAUACUAUGGCUCGAGAUGGUCAAUUCGAUAGGGAGAACUUCAAUUCUGGGUUAAGCACGCCUUCAUCACCAGGAGAAACGAUUUGUGCUGCAGUGUCAGCUACUGCAUGGGUGGAACCCCAUGGGAAGUGCACUGUUGUGUUCGGUCUUGCGUGGUCUUCUCCAAAAGUAAAAUUCCUUAAGGGAAGCUCCUAUAAUAGGAGGUACACUAAAUUUUAUGGGACAUCAGAAACAGCUGCUGUGGACUUGGUUCAUGAUGCAUUAACAAAUUAUAAACGAUGGGAAGAAGAGAUUGAAAAAUGGCAAGCUCCUAUUCUUAAGGACGAUAAGCUUCCAGAAUGGUACAAGUUUACUCUAUUCAAUGAGCUUUACUUCUUGGUCGCUGGUGGAACGGUCUGGAUUGACUCCUCAUUGCCAAGUGAAGGCAUGACAGUUGAUCAUCGUCCAGCAAGGAAAAUGGAAAAAGGAGAUAAAGCAGUAGUUGAAGCCAAAUUGAACUGUGGAGAAAGGGGAGUAGAGCAUACUUUCAGCGUUGAAAGUGAAACAAAAACUUUCCCUCAAUUAUCAGGGGAAGAUAUGUCAAUGAUCCCAUGGAAGGUGGAUGAGUCUCGGAAUUCUUCCCAGUUGUCAACAGUGCAUGAUGUGCACACUGAAAUGGAUGAUGUUGGUAGGUUCUUGUACUUGGAAGGGGUCGAAUACGUUAUGUGGUGUACAUAUGAUGUGCACUUUUAUGCAUCUUUUGCCCUUCUUGAGCUGUUUCCCAAAAUUGAACUUAGCAUUCAACGUGAUUUUGCUAAAGCAGUCUUAUGUGAGGAUGGAAGAAAAGUGAAAUUUCUUGCCGAGGGGAAGUCGGGAAUUCGUAAGGUUAGAGGUGCAAUUCCUCAUGAUCUUGGAACACAUGAUCCAUGGCACGAAAUGAAUGCCUAUAACAUUCAUGACACAAGCAAGUGGAAGGAUCUGAACCCAAAAUUCGUGCUUCAAGUUUAUAGGGAUUUCUCAGCAACAGGAGACAUGUCCUUUGGAGUAGAUGUAUGGCCAUCUGUUCGUGCUGCUAUGGAAUACAUGAAACAGUUUGAUCGGGACGAUGAUGGUCUUAUUGAAAAUGAUGGAUUUCCAGAUCAAACAUAUGAUGCCUGGACGGUUCAUGGUGUUAGUGCUUACUGUGGUGGCUUGUGGCUUGCUGCACUUCAAGCUGCAGGUGCCAUGGCCCUUCAGCUGGGAGACAGGGAGUUCGCCGAUUGGUGCAAAAGCACUUUUUUGAGGGCUAAACCUGUAUUCGAAGAAAAGCUGUGGAAUGGUUCGUAUUUUAACUAUGACAGUGGGUCAAGUAGUAAUAGUAAAUCUAUACAAGCGGAUCAGCUUGCGGGGCAAUGGUACACUGCCUCGUCUGGAUUGCCUCCGCUUUUUGAUGAAUGUAAAAUAAGAAGCUCUCUACAGAAGGUAUAUGAUUUUAAUGUCAUGAAAGUGAAGGGUGGAAUGAUGGGUGCAGUGAAUGGAAUGCAUCCCAACGGAAAAGUGGACGAUACAUGCAUGCAAUCACGAGAAGUAUGGACCGGUGUGACUUAUGCUGUGGCAGCUACCAUGAUCUUCUCUGGAAUGAAAGACGAAGCAUUUGCCACUGCUGAAGGAAUUUUCACUGCUGGCUGGUCUGAAGAGGGAUAUGGGUACUGGUUCCAGACUCCGGAGGGUUGGACAAUGGACGGUCACUUCCGAUCACUAAUGUAUAUGAGGCCGCUUUCUAUCUGGGGCAUGCAAUGGGCUUUGAACCCACGCAAGGUCAUUCUCGAGGCUCCUACAAUAAAUACGAUGGACAGGAUGUACAUUCCUCCUGCUCCUUUUAGGUCCUGCCAGCACGAGACGAGCGCCAGGAGCGUCGCGAAAAAGGCAAGGUGCUUCGGGAAUUCCGUUUUCCACUGUUCAUGUGAAUGAUGAUCUACUGCGAGUUUAUCCGCAAAGGAAAAGAGCAUGUAUUGUGUGCUUGCUUCCUCUGACUCUCUUCAAGUGGAAAAGAAUGCUGGAGGUGGGUCUCGGGCGGUCUUCCCCUAGGAACUAAUAGUGUAAAUUAAGCAUGACGUAUGGUACGGAUUUCGUUCCAUGCCCCCAAUGGGAGAUUGAUGACAAAUUGGGUUCGUUCUUUUUCUUGAUUGCCAGGAUCGGUAAUUGAGAACUGAAGACAAUAAGAGUGAGAUUCUCAAAUGUAACCUUUUACUGAAUUUUGAGUUUGCCAGGAUGGAGGAAUGAUAAAAUCUCUGGCUAACACUGUACUGCAUUCAUUCCUUUCUCUUUCUUAAUCCUUGUUUCGGUUACGGCGCUCAUUCCAUCAAAGUACAGGAAGGGCGUGCUUGUAUGCCUUCACAUGUAGUUGACUCCCUUGUCCUAAA